AUGAGCCAACGUCAUGCAGAAGAGGCUGCUAUAUGGCAAGCUGAACGGCAGCAACAUCUACAGUCAGCUGUAGCAUGGCUUGCACAGAAGAAGGUCUAUGAGAAGAAGUUGGCUACAUGGAAAGAGGAGAAGGAGAGCUUAUUGGAAGAGAUAGGUCAUUU